CACAGAUUGAGUGAACUUGUGAUAGCUUCAAACUUAGCAGUACUCAUUUAAAAGACUGUGAUUUAAGAAUAUUUUGCCAUGUAUGAUAAUACAUAUCAACUUGGAUUUGCUUUCCUCUUAACUGGUUUGCUAGGCUUGUGGUUACACACCAAGAACAUUUCACGGUUAACGAAGAUAAGUUCUAUUUUGCCCGAUGGUUUGAAAACGUUUCAUUAUCAUUUGGUUGCGGCUUGUUUGGGUAGCCUUGCAAUGACACCUUUUAGGGUAAUCGGUAUUUAUCAAAAAGGAUGGCCUUUUGGUCAUUUUGGCUGUCAGUCAUAUGCAUUUGCUGGAAUGUUUUUUGGAAUGACAUCAAUUUAUUUGUCAUGUUUUAUCUGUUUCUUCACUAUGGUUGAAAUAUUGAACUUAACCUAUAUCCGUCAUUUCAUAUCUAAUCAAUAUAAUUACAUUCCUUUUGGAAUUUGGAUGAUCGGUGCAUUGUGGGCUAUUCUACCACUCUAUGGAUAUGGCAGAUAUACAUUAGAACCUCAUAAAACAUCAUGUCUAUUGGACUGGACUAAUAUGGAUAAAAGCAUGAAAUUGUAUAUGUUUUCACUAAUGAUAUUUGGUUAUGUACUUCCAUUCGGUAUCGGUAUUUGGUCACAAUAUAAACUGACACAGCAUACAGUAUCGGAUGCAAAUAAAAAUAAGAAGAAGAACACUACAAAGAUUGAGAUUCUUAUAAAGUUGAAUAAUUCAAUCUUAUUAUUCAAUAUAGUUGGUUGGUUGUCGUAUGCUCUAUUAGCCAUUAAUUCAUUAAUACCUGGACAAAUAACAUUGAAUCCAUUUACAUAUUGUAUACCACAACUUCUUGCAAAAAUUUCUCAAGCAUUUUUACCUAUAGCUUAUAGUUAUACAGAAAAACAAUUUGGACAAUGGAAUAAAGCAUAUGGAAAUAUAGAAUAGAAAUAUUAUUUAAUUUUUGAACAAAUUUUCUUGUAGUAUCUUUUAUAUUAUACAAUAGUCAGAUGUAAUAGUAAUCGUUAUGUAAUCAA